AUGAGUGAUGAUAAUGUAGUCGCUGAGAACUGGGAAGAUGGAGAUCCUGUGAAAGGACUUGAACAACGCGUCGAACAAAUCCGGAUUUUGAAGCGGAGGCAGGAAGAUAAGGAAAAACUAAUCGAAAAAAUCAAAGAAGAAGAAUCGCUGAAAUCUGAAGAAGAGACUACGAAGAGCGUGACGAAGCUUGAAGGAGAUGCUGCAGGUCCUUCUCAAGAAGAGCCGAAACGGAUUCUGAUGCGACGUCCAAAAACCGAUCGACCAAAUGCGGAUAGCUCGAAAUCUCAAGAGCCUCAUUUGAAAUUAACCAACAACCAUCGCAAUUCAAACAACUAUCGAGGUCGAAAGAAGGCGAAGGAUGUUGUAGCAGGACCACCAAAGACGUUGGAAGAAAGACAAGCGGAUUAUCAAGCAGCUCGCGAUAGAAUUCUGGGUCCGGAAUAUAAGCCGGAGACGAAUGUCACGGAAAUUCAAGUGGUGGAGAGAUCAAAGUCACCGGAGGCUAUUGUAAUAUCACGAAGUCAAAUGCCACAAUCUCAUCACAUUCCGUCACACGGACCAGUUCCACUACCGCCGCAUUUGCAAUAUCGAGUGAUGCAAAGAUGUCAUCCAGCAAGAUUCGCGUGUCCGCCGAACUUCAUGAAUCCAGAGCAUCCACCAGCACCACCACAACUAUCGCCAAUGCAGCCGCCAAUGGGCGUCUAUCGGCAAUAUCCGAAUACCCAACUGGACCCGAUGCAUUAUGUGCAAAUUGGAGGAACGCCGUCGAGUCAGAAUGGGCAUCCAAUGUACCCGAAUGAUGCAAAAUAUUUCUCAAUGCCGAACAUGAAUUAUCCACCGAAUCAGCAAAUGUUCAUGAAUCCCCCGCCACCAAUACUUUGUCAGCAGCAAAAUCAACAAGGACCAAUGAUGAAUUUUGGUCCAAUGGGAGGAAAUAUGAAAAAUGGUCCACGGAAUAAUAAGCCAAUCAAUAAUAUGAAUUGUCCACCACCGCCGCAACAAUCGCAAGUGGCGAUUCAUCCGCCGGAUUAUAGUAUUCCACCGCCGACGACCAAUCCGAUUCCUUUCGGAUGUCCUCCAAUGUCGGUGAAUCAGUAUAAUGGUGGAAUUCAUCAAAAUCCUCCACCGCCACAGCAGCAUCAGCAACAAACUCAGCAACGUCAGCAGCAGAAUCAAUUCAAUUCUCCGUCAUUUAUGGGGCCGAUAACCAUGUGGAAUCCUGAGCAAGGAAUUCCUAGUCAUAAGGAAAAGAGUGGUAAUUGUUAA